UUUGGUUAACCCCCGGCGGAGCAAAGCGUAUUUUGUUUCGUAUUUGGUUUUUUCAGUAAUCGGCAAACAACGCGAGCGAACGUACGCAUAUAUUGGGGCCGCCUAAUAUUUUUUGUACCCCCCCUCUGACAUCAUUCCUUCUUUUUAUUUUUUGCGGCGUUCGUGUGCGUGCGAUUUUUUGUUCUUUUUGUUUGUUUGAGUGCUCACAUUUCUUCUGCGUCACCUGUGGUGUGGUCUCUCUUUUUGCCGCCUGCGCUACUCCUUCAGUCGUCGUCGUGUAAUACCGCUAUGCCCGGGCUCAGGCGCACCUGCGCAGCCGCCCCCCGUCCGUGUGUGGAAACGAAGUGGAUCGCCAGGAAUCGAUAACCAGAGAGAGGAGAGCUGAAGCUGAAGCCAAAGCCGAAUCCGAAUCCGAGGCCACAAGGAUCUAUCCAUAAUCGAUAUAGCAAAAAAAAAAAAAAAAAAACUGCCAUACACCACGCUACUCUACCCGCUCUCUCUCCCUCUCUCUACCUCUGCCUCUGCCUCGGCCGUUCACCAUGUAUUCGGCGGUCCGCACCCACGACUACGACUAUCCCGAAUCGGAGAUGGACGAGCGCGAGAGCCUGUACUUUGACACCAUUUCGCUGGCGGAUUCCGAGGCGGCGGCUGCCGCAGCCGCCCAUCGCAAAUCGCUGUCACAGUCGCGGAACACUAUCUACCAUUCGGCCGUGGAUCUGGCCAAUGAUGAGACACGCAACAGCCUGCGGCUGGGUAGUGGCGCCGCUGCCGAGCAUGCUGCUUUGGCGUGGCAGCCCGGCUAUCGGCAGUCGACGGCCUUGGAGCACCUGAACGGUGGAGGCGAUCAAACGGAUGCAGCGAUUGCUGCACAAAUGCUGGCCCUGCACAACGGACGGAAUCAUUUGCCCACGGGGAUUGGUGUUGGCGGCCAUACAGGAGCUGGAGCUGGAGCAGGAGCAGGAGGUGGUGACGAUGAGGUCUCUAGACGUCUGUUAAGAAAUAGUAGCACAGUUUCUAAUAAAGAUAAGAAAUUGCCAAUUACAUACUCCCAGUGGAAAUUGAGGACCUACAGACGCUUUGAUGAUGGCAAACGGAGCGUGGACUUUGUGCUGGCCUACAAUGGCGAGGAUCAGGUGGAGGAUCAUCGUCGGAAGCGGGAGAUCUUCGAGGCGAAUCUGCAGAGGGAGGGCUUGCAGCUGGAGCACAACAAAGUGCAGCGCGUGCACUUUAUCAAGAUCCAUGCCCCCUUCGAGGUGCUCUAUCGCUAUGCGGAGAUAUUGAAGAUCAAGGUGCCACUGAAGCCAAUACCGGGCCAGGAUCAGAUCUUCGAUGAGGCGGCGCCCGCCUUCAAGUCCUGCUUCACCCGCAUGUGCCGCAGCCUCUUCAGUUCCGUGCAGCUGAACACGGAACUCUUUCCCGAACGAGAGCCACGCAUCCACCUGGAGUUCUCACGCAACUAUCUGGAGCUGUACGACACAGAGCAUCCAAACUUCUUCGAUGACAGCACUCGGUACUCCAUCAUCAACUUUAUACUGCAGCGACAGCACUUUCUCGAAGGCGAGGAAACAGUCGACAAUCUGGGCGUCGAGAAGCUCGUUCAAGAUGGCAUCUAUACAUGCGCCUACACCCUCCACGAUAAAGCGGACAGGGAUCGUCUGCUCAAGGAGUGGGCCAACAUCACCAAGUGGAAGAACCUCCAGCCACUGGACCAAAUCAAAGACUACUUCGGUGCCAAGGUGGCAUUAUACUUUGCCUGGCUGGGAUUCUACACUCAAAUGUUGAUACCCAUAAGCAUAUUCGGUUUGCUCUGCUUCCUAUACGGCUUUGUGACGUGGAGCAGUGAUCCGAUCAGUCGUGAUAUCUGCGAGGAUAGCGGAACGAUCAUGUGUCCGCAGUGCGAUCGCAGCUGCGACUAUUGGCGCCUGAACGAGACGUGCACGUCUUCCAAGUUUAAUUAUCUGAUAGACAACAAUAUGACGGUGGUGUUUGCCCUGGCCAUGGCCAUUUGGUCGGUGACGUAUUUGGAGUUCUGGAAACGUUAUUCGGCGGGACUGGUGCAUCGCUGGGGCCUGACUGGAUUCACACAUCAUGUGGAACAUCCGCGUUCCCAGUAUCUGGCAAAGAUAUCGCGCUCGAAGCGGCUGGCUGGCAAUACCCAGGGCACUGGCAUACUGGAUCCGGAUGUGCCCUUCUGGAGCAUCAAGUUCCUGCCCAACUUUACCAGCUACAGCAUCAUGGUGUUGUUUAUUUGCAUAUCAGUGAUUGCCAUUGCGGGCAUCAUCAUCUAUAGAAUGGCGCAGCGUGCCUCACACAGCAUCCUGGGCAGCGAGAACUCGAUGACCUUUAAAGUGAUGAUCCUGCCCAUGACGGCGGGCAUCAUCGAUCUGAUUGUCAUCUCGCUGCUGGACCUGGUCUACUCCAAUCUGGCCGUGCGUCUGACCAACUACGAGUACUGCCGCACCCAAACGGAGUACGACGAGAGCCUCACCAUUAAGAACUAUGUGUUCCAGUUCGUCAACUACUAUUCCUCGCUCUUCUACAUAGCCUUCCUGAAGGGCAAGUUUGUUGGCUAUCCGGCUAAAUACAAUCGCGUGCUGGGCUUCCGCCAGGAGGAGUGCAAUCCGGGCGGCUGUCUCAUGGAGCUCUGCAUGCAGCUGGUGAUAAUUAUGGCCGGCAAGCAGGCAGUGAACGCCAUUGUCGAGAUGCUCAUUCCCUAUCUUAUGCGCACCGUCAAGGAGAUGAUUUAUCGUCAUGGCUGGUACAAGAGCCACAAGGAGCAGCGACUGGUGCCCUACAAUCAGUUUACCGAGGACUACAAUCUACUGCCCGCCGAGAAUAAUUCGCUUUAUGUGGAGUACCUGGAAAUGGUCGUGCAAUUCGGCUUUAUCACAUUAUUCAGCCUGGCCUUUCCGCUGGCACCGCUGCUGGCGCUGCUCAACAAUGUGAUCGAAGUGCGUUUAGAUGCCAUCAAGAUGCUGCGCUUUCUGCGCCGACCAGUGGGCAUGCGAGCCAGGGACAUUGGCGUGUGGCACAACAUCAUGACUGUAGUCACACGCAUAGCCGUGGCCUCUAGCGCCAUGAUAAUUGCAUUUAGCACAAACCUCAUACCGAAAAUCGUGUACGCAGCCUCAACGGGCGACCGGGAGCUCAACGGGUAUCUAAACUUUACGCUGGCGUACUUCAACACCAAGGACUUUCAGCUGCAGCCACUGCUCGGGGGCAGUCAGUAUGUGAAUGAGACGGAGUGUCGCUACACAGAGUUCCGGAAUGCGCCCACGGACGAUCAUCCGUACAAGCGGCCCAUGAUCUACUGGAAAAUACUCACGGGUCGUCUGGCCUUCAUAGUCAUCUAUCAGAACAUCAUCAAUAUGCUGCAGGGCGUGCUGCGCUGGGCCGUGCCCGAUGUCUCUGGUCGACUGCUGAAGCGGAUCAAGCGCGAGAAUUUCCUGCUGCGCGAACACAUCAUUGAGUACGAGAAGCAGCAUGCCAUGCUGCAGGCCCAGACAGCAGUCCACAUCCAGCAGACCAAGAGCCAGGAGUCAUCGGGGCUGCGCCAGCGCCAUGGUGCUGGUGAUGAGGAUGCCACCUCCUUUGUUUAAAAGCCUUGGCCGUCUGCUUGCCUGCCUGCCUUUAUAUAUAUAUAUUUUUGUAUAUCUAUAAGUUCAUUCCAUAAGUUUCUUUUAUUUCUUGUAUUAUAUAUACACGCGGACACACGUCCAGCAGUUGAUGUUGUGCUUUGUACUUAAGAUGAUUUUUAUAAUGCGUGUUUUUAGAAUCGAAAGUGCUCAACGAAACGGAGAGUCAAGCAAUUUGCAUUUUUAUAUAGGGUAUACCAUACCAUAUACUUGAUAUACAUUAUUGUUGAAUGGUUUGUUCAGAUAUAUUUAAUUUAUGUAUUUUGUACGAGAGAAUCAUCUUUGCUUUUGCCAGCGCCAGCAGCACACAGAAAUUAUACAGAUAUACAUAAUAGAUAGAUAGAAAGAUAUAUAUAUAUAUGAUAUAUAGCUAUAUUUGUAUUUUGUAGGAAGGGUAUGAUAUACACCAAAUGUCCAAAUGUGCAUUAUUCGAUUAUUCUGUAUUGUAUUGUAUUAUUUAUUGUUUUGUGCAUUGCAUGCCAUGGAAAUGAAACGAAAAAGUUGAAAGCGAACGGACAGGAGGUCAUCAAUGAACAAAAAACGAAUUAUACACCAUUGUAUAUUUGUACAAUACAUACAUACAUGUGCUAUGUAUACUAAAACACUAAGAAACAAUCCAAUGUACCUUACCAUACAUAUAUAUAUAUACAUAUACUACCUACAACAAAACGAACACAAACAUAUGACAUAUGUACCACAGUCCUCUGCCCAUCCCAGAAACCAUCAUUGUUUUUUGAUUGUUGAUCCCUUAAGGAAUACCUAUGAAUGUCUUUUGUAUGUACAAUCUCUGAAGAUGAUCCCCCAAUCUAGUAUAAAGUGAAUUGUUGUUUUGAUAAACAUAUUUAUGCAUACGAUUGCAACGAUUGCGUUUACAAUACAAAUAAUGUUAACAAAUUACGAAUACGAUUACGAAACGCAUCUGAACUAAAAAAUGAAGCAAAAAUCCCCGAAUAAAGAAUGAUUGAACCAGCAGUCAACGAAUUGAAAGAGAA